AUGUCCGCGAAGAUGUGCCACGUCGUCAUGUUUGCUCUCGACGCAACGAAGUUCGCCGCCAAUCUUCCGGGUUCCGAGUUGCAGCGGCACCUGAAAUUACUUCGCGAAACAGUUCCGGGUUUGCUCGAAAUUAAUAUGGGCCCAACUGGAACGGAUCUUUUUCCCGGUUAUGUGGAUUGCAGCGGUGGUUUUACUCAUUGCCUUGUCUCAAAGCACACAGAUGUAAAGGCACUGCAGGAAUAUGUGGCGCAUCCGAACCACGUCACGUUUGCGGAAUUACUAAAGGCCUCAUAUUCCAAACCUCCCAUCCGUGUGGACUUUGAGCUGAAGGAGUGA